AUGCCACGUGAGUUUCAAAACGAUGAGACGCUUUCUCAUAAGCAAUUGAACCGUCAGUCGACCUCUCUCGUGAUUCCGCAAUUGACCCGGGUCAGAAUACAGAACUCUAUGUAUUACAAGAUAAAUCUGGAUCCAUGCGCCCAGAGAGGCCUGAACAUGAAGCAAUUGUCCAAAACUUUGGUUCAGAAUUUGGGUACAGUUCGCUCAGGUGUGAGAAACUUUAGGCUUGCAUGCGGUGGUGUUGAAUUUAAGUGCUUACUCAUGAAAUUGGUACAAUUAAGACCGACUUGGUCUGAAAUAGUCUUACUUUUGAAAAGAGGACACCCGGAGAAAUCUAAAUUCGAUAACAAGUAUUUGGUUGUUUUGCUUUUGGUGUAUUUACGAGUGCAAUAUUUCUAUUUGACCUGGAACGACAACGAAGAACGACGGGCCAUAAACACAUUGGCAGAUCUUGACAGUCAAGGCGAUGUGACCGCGGAGAAACUGGUAAAUGUGUUCCGAUUUUUCAUUCGAGACUAUCGCAAAAUCAAAUCGCUUCCGCUCGACCAGGAUUUCUGGUCGAAUUCGUUCGACAAACAGGCCGUGGUGCUUCAUGUAGAUGAGAUUUUGGACUGGCUGUGUACAGAAGAGUCCAUAUGGGGGUUGCCCCUGGGUAAAUGUCGUUGGUGUGACAUUUUUGCAGACUACAGUAGCAGUGAGAGCUCGAGUGAGGAAUCAGAUGAGGAUCCAGAGGUUUCGGGGUGA